AUGUGGAAAUGGAAGAGCAAACCCCGAGAAGCCGGCGAGGACCCCGCCCCCGCGUCCGGAUCCACGCCCGCGUCCGGCCCCGCAACCUUGUCAACCUCGGCCUUGGCCCCUCCACCGGCAUAUGGCGCUACCUCAAACGCUAGCCCUCCGGACCCCCAGGCUCUCUCGGCCGCCCUCGGCGCCCUGGACCUUGAUCCCACCCCGCCCGGCACCGACCCCCGCGACGAUCCAAACGAGGACACCUGCCUCGCCCACCUCUGCCUGCUGGCCGCCUUCAACCGCCUCAAGAACGAAACGGGCUACCGCGACGGGCUCUGGGAUAUCUGGGAUAGGCGCGCCCAGGCAUCCAAUGCUUCACCGGCGGCCGGCGGCAGCAGCAGCAACGGCAAAGCCGCCGGCGCCGGCAGAGGAGACGCGAGCUUGAACACGGAGGUGCUGGUCAAGCUCCGCGAGAAGCGGUGGGCCGUGUACGUCGGCCGCGCGGCGGACCGCUACGCCGCGUGGUGGCGCAGCUUCGUGCCGGACAUGCUGCUGGAGAGGGACAUGGUCGAGCCGAGCGAGGAGCGGAGGGACCGGUACGAGGGGUUCCCGAGCGAGGAGCCCAUGGCGUGGAACGCGGACAUGCUUCCGCCGCUGGGUAGGACGCCCUUUGCUCAUCGCUGA